UCGAUUAACGUCUUGUAGGAAAGCCAAAACGUAAACUUCAAUGUCAAUUUGGAAACAAUUUCCAUUUUUAAAGAAACAAACAAAAUAAUAUUUGUUAUUAUAAAUGGUUUACGUUAAAAAAUGGAGGUUAAAAUAGAGUGUGAUCGUAUAUACACGCUCUGUGAGGGUUGCCUAAGCUCCGAUAGGCGUGUAACUGGCCUAACCGAAGAGAAGAAAGCUUUGUUUUACUUUUUACGCGACGGUACGAUUUCUUUGAAGGAUGAAACCAAACACAUACAGUUAUGUUGGGAGUGCAAUGGUAUACUUAAUAAGGUCAAAGAUUUUCAAUCUCGGAUAAAAACAGCACAAUAUAGCUUGUUACACUACAUACAGUCGCUUUAUAGUAAGGUAAACACACCACCAACGCUAUCAAAAUUAAAAGCCAAAGAAACAUCCCAUUACAAUCGAGAAUAUGUUUACAACGAAACACAACCAGAAUACAGCCUUAAUAACCUCAACAACAACCCAAAUAAACUUCUAUCAGACCAAAAAUGUAUACCAGAAGAAUUGCUGACGGAAAUCAAAAUAGAAGACAAUGGGAUAAAAGAAGAAUAUUCAGAAAACAGUGAUCAUGAUUAUACAUAUGAUAAUGACUUUAAAAUUGAUGAUUUUGUCCCGGAAAUUGGAACUAAAAAGAGGAAAGAGAAAAAGAAUAAACCUCCUCUUAAGGAUUAUACCCAAUUUGCGAUUGUAACGGACAAUAAAAGCGUUGAUCUUAAUAAAAGUUAUUCAGAGACUAUAUAUUUGAGUGAGAGCGAGAUAGAAACGUUUUUAGACAAGGACAGAAAGAAGAUGAGCUUCAAUAAGUUUCCGUUUAAUUGUAAGGAGUGCGUGCUUGGAUAUAAGAGGCCGUUGGAUCUUUUGAGACAUAAAAUGUUUAGACAUAUGGACGAGUACCCGACCCGCUGCCUCGCCUGCAACACACACGUCCACUCUCCGCCAGCCCUCGCGGAGCACUGGCGGCAGCACACCAAGAUGUGGCGCUGCGCCCUCUGCGCGGAGAUCUGCAGGAGUAAAGGGGAGAUGAAGAAACACGUCAACAGGGCGCACACGAAGAUAUACACCUGUAGCCGGUGUCAGGAUCAGUUCGGAACCCUCAAGGAGUUCGGUAUCCAUUACAACAGGUACCACGAACAGGUCAUCUGCGACUAUUGCAACGCUUUCUUCACGACAAAGAGGAGACUAGAACGACACAUUGUCCGCAACCACAUACCACCAUUCUGCAACCUGUGCAACCGCUCCUUCAGUCAGUACCGCUUCCUGGAACGUCACACCCGCGUCCUGCACCCUGAGGUGUACUCCCUCGACGCCAACAAGGAGCUCUGCUACUGCGUGGAGUGCGACAUACAGUAUCCGAGCGUUCAGAAGUACAAGUGUCACUUGAGGGACUCUGUCAAGCAUAGGCCGAGGGUUCGAGAGAAAGUACCAUGCCCGGACUGCGGCAAGAUCUUCUCGAAGAACACGUACAUGAAGAAUCACUUCCGUCUCGUGCACGUCAAGGAAUCUAAACAUUACUGCGAGCUCUGUAAUAAGUACUUUGCUAACGGCUACGGUGUACGAACGCACAAACUUUACGUCCAUCAGAAAGUUCCCCACGAAAAGAAUAAAAUAUGCGACUUGUGUGGAAGGGGAUUCAGUACUAAUAGGAUAUUAACAAAUCACCGUCGGACGCACACUGGAGAACGGCCGUUCAAAUGCAACUUCUGUUCAGCGACAUUCGCACAAGAGACGGCCUGCAAGACGCAUAAGAAGUCACAACACAAGAAUGCUAUGCUACUCAACAAUAUACCGAAUACUUAGAAAUGUCAUCAUGACAACUUGC